UUCCGUUUCAUGAAUCAAGCUUGCAUCUUUGAAAGACAUCCCCCGACGGAGACGAUCACCAGUUCCUCGGAUGACGAAAUCGGCGACGGAGAAGAAGAGGGUUCGCCGUGCCCCUCAGACCGGCGCCCGAGACACCCCUGAAACCGCCCCUUCUAAGAAGGCUGCUAAAACAAAAGAUGAAUAUCAGUUGUUUGCUGAGAAAGUUAGGGACAAUAAACAACUAGAAUCCAGAUGGGCUAUUAUGCAGGAAACACGGAUGGAGUACUUUAGAGGGAAGGACUUUACUGUCUUUCUGAAGAACCAUCCAGAGCUUAGGGAGGUAUUAGGAUCAGAUAAAGAUUUAGAAGUAGAUGAUAUUGUCAAUACUCUGCUAAUGAAGAACCUUUUGGUAAGAUGUGACCGCGUGGUGAAAACUGUCAGGCCUGGGAAGAAGAAGUUGUCUUCGUGGCCUGCACAUUUAGAGAUAUAUCCUGAACAAGUCUUCUCUGAAAAUGAUGCUUUCUUUGCAUGGACAUUCAUGAAAAGGCAAACACUAUGGCAAGCCAUUCUUGCGUUUAGCUGGCCUCUGGUGGCACUGGCAAUGUGCUUAUUUCCUGUUUAUCCUUACCAGUGCAAGAUUGUUGUGCUGUACACAUGUGCCGGGGCUCUUUUAUUUAUCGUAAGCAUGCUUAUAAUUAGAGGUGCUAUCUUUGGUGUUCUCUAUAUCAUCCUUGGAAAGCGCAUUUGGAUUUUCCCCAAUAUCAAUGCUGAGGAAACAACUUUUAGAGAAUUGAUUCGGUUUUGGCCCAAGAAAGAUGAAGGCGAACGUCCAAAGUGGACUUCAAGGCUUACUUACGCCGUUGGUGCUGUGCUGAUCAUACUGCUGCUCAGGCACCAUGCACCCGAUGAGGCUGCUAGAGCUAGGUAUCAAAAGCAGGUGUCUAACAUCAUCGAUGAUUUUCUGGAAUGGUCCCCAAAAUUAGCAUUGUCAGGGAUGAUGGAUAAGCAACAAACUGCUAAUGCAACAGAAGCGAAUCCGCCCACAGAUGUGAGCGGAACAGCUACAGAAGAAGUGGUGGAGCAUUUGAACACAGAUCCCAGUGGAGCAGCAGGGACAGAACAUAUAGUCGAAGAUUUGAAUGAUGAAAUCAGAUCAGAUAGAUUUGCUGACGAGAAGACUGUUGAUAACUGAGCUGAUCUCAUUCCAUAAUGCUGGUAGCAGGUUAAAGAAAAAGGAACAGGACAACAGCUGAUAAACAGAAUCCUUAAAUUUUUGUUAUUAUGGCUUUUCUGAGUGAAGAAUUGUUUAGUCACUUAAAGUCAAAGAGCUCAAAGUAUGUUUAUCAUCAAAUAAAACCAUUGAUUUAUAUGAGCCCUAUAUGUUACAUUGUUGAAACUAAAUUUGUGGAAGGAUUUCUUGUGAACA